AUGAAGACUUCAAUCGUCGCGCCGCGCCGUCGUGCUUCAAGAGCUUCGCCUCUUGGGAGUACGAGCUCGCAGAAGUCCCGAGUCACCAAAAGGUCAAGUGCCCAAUCAUCUCCUAUGAAAGAACCACGCAGGAGAAGGCCCACCACGCAGAGAGCCCUGGCCCCUGACGCCGAGGCCGUCAACCCGACGAACGAUGCUCCCGGUAAUGCCAAGAGACCGCAAGCCCAGAGCUAUCAGAUUGAUGGUAUAUCCAAAGAGCGUCGAGCGCGCAGGUGGCGCAAUCACCCCCCUCAGGCUUACUUGGAGCGAUUGGAACGAAUUCGCCGGACAAAAAUGAUUGUCGUACAACACUCUGUCGGUGGUACUCGUGAGUGCCCAGAGAUCUCCUUUGACGUGGUCGGCUCAACUGGCAACAUUUAUGGGGUUGUCAUCAGGAAGGAGCCAGUCUGCGACUGUCCCGAUGGGUUGAAGGGCAAUCAGUGCAAGCACAUCUGCUACAUGCUUUUUCAUGCCCUCAAAGCGCCUUCCCACCUCCAGUAUCAACUCGCCUUCCUGUCUUCGGAACUCCGUGAAAUGCUCGAGGGGUCUCCCCUCAGUCAGGUGGACGCUACCAGCACCGAAGACACUGACGGCAAGCGCAAGCCUUUGGAAGGUGAUUGUCCUAUUUGCUUUAUGGAAUUUGAACCCGAUGAACAAACAGUCUGGUGCAAAGCUGCAUGCGGAAACAACAUGCACAAGACAUGCUUCGAACAAUGGGCGGCAGCGUCGCGCGACAAGGGUGUUCGCUGCGUUUACUGGGCCUCUACCGAUUGCGUGCAUGAAGGCUAUGUCAACGUGGCAGAACAAUUUGGCUUGUCUCGAGAACGCGACUUUUCCGUCUACUCGCCUUUCUCAACUGCCCGAUGGCGGUCCUCCUCGUCGCGGCGUGGUGCCUCUGAAUGGUAG